AUGGAAAAAGUUAAAGUGAGAGUCCAGGUGGAGUUGAGAGCUGUCGUGGAUGUGGAUAAAAACGGGCAAUUCGUGUCUACAGACACAAUCAUCAAACAGCAAUGGAAUAACACUUUCUUCAUGUGGACACCAAGUAUUUAUGGAGGCGUGGAGAAACUUCUCGUCAGUCCCAACGAGAUGUGGGCACCUGACAUUGUAUUACACAACAAUGCAGAUGAUAAUGUCGCCCAAGCGGGAUACACAGAGAAAUUCAAGACAUGGAUAGUUAUUUACCACAAUGGCAUUAGUGACUGGAUUUCCCCGGUGUCCUUCAAGAGCACUUGUAGCCUCGAUGUCACGUAUUUUCCGUACGACCAACAUCGCUGUGACAUGAUUUUUGGGUCGCUAACAUCAGACAAGACACUUCUGGAUAUAGAAACAGAUGAAGUCCAUUUAGAGACGAGGAAAGGCCGAGAGAGUGACGAGGACGGACAAUUUGAAGAGAUUGAAAAGAGUGCCUCCUGGUCAAUUCAGAGGAUAGAAGUAAGAAGGAAAGAACAUUAUCGCAAAGGUUUUCCUCACCCCUUCACCGCCAUACACCUGAGCUUCAUUAUCCGCCGGAAACCACUGCACUUCGUUGUUUUUUCCAUGGUGCCUUGCAUGCUGAUCGGAGCGCUGAUUUUUGUCAGCUUCUUUAUUCCUGUAGAGAGUGGGGAGCGAAUUGGUUUCAGUUGUACAAUCCUUCUCUCUGUGAGCGUCUACCUUCUGAUCGUGACAGAGGCCCUCCCCGAACAGUCCGACUCUCUGCCACUAAUUGGUGUAUACUACAUCAUAAUCAUGAUAGAAAUAGCGUUGGCGCUGACCGCCACUAUUGUGGUACUCAAGGCACAUCACGCUACUACCCAGCCACCUGGCUGUCUCAAGGGUAUGUUGUUUAUCAAUAAUAUCUACAGAUGUUGUCGGAAGCCCAAGAGAAGGAAGCGAACCUCAAAGGUUGAGCCCCCGGUGCAAGUGGUCGUGCUGGACUACAGCAGUGAUCACAAGGAGAAACACGAAGACAGUGAGGAAAGAUACCGCAAGAAAAGCUCAAUAAGUCUGAGCCAGCUCUCAGUGGACAGCGGUUCUCAGCUGUUUACUCGCCCCAACACCACUGACGGUAAGGAGGAAGAAGAAGACUGGAGCGAGACCUGGCGUCAGAUUGGGAAGGCUCUAGACAGACUUUUUUUCUGGACUUUUACCAUAACGUUUUUAAUUUCGACAGUUGUCGUUUUUACAUACGGACCAUCAUUAGCCAAGCCAUUGAAUGAUGAAAUGGAUAAGUUGUACGGUGCUCAAAGAGGAGUUUAA